UGUUUACACUAUGACAUGGAUCGGCCAGAAGCUUCUCCCCUGAGAAGCGGUAGGCUAGGCAGUGAUGAGAGUCCAAAUAAGGUUAGCACCACCGAGAGCGCAGUAAUGGCCGAUAUCGUGACCGACGACUUUCUAAGGACCAUGAAAUCCAGAUACCCAACCGAACAAGCCUCUCUGACAUCUCCGUCGGAUGUCUUGAACAAUCCGUGGUGGAUCCCCGUCGCGGUGGCAUUUUCGGCGGGUAAUAGGCCAGACGCAGUCCCGAUAGUGUUCAAAUUUGCCUUAUCCGACCUCGUUGUAGCUCAGAAGAAGUUUCAUAUUCAAGGAGAUAAGGCUCACCGAGAACAACUGCUACUUGCCCGCAAAUUCCGUGAUGUCCUAUUCAAGGGCGAUCAAUGCAUUGAAUGCCUUGCACGGAGUCAUGCCAGACGAGUUGAAAGAUACCAAAACAAUCAGACCUCUCUCGUCGAGCAUGAGGAGCAUGGGCGACAAUUCUUUUCCUCACUCUACGGUGAUGAGGCAAAUCGCGUCCAAGGACUUUUAGACUCAAUUCUGCCAGAAAUGGGGUGGUUUAGCAACACCGUUGCUUAUGGGCAUGUGUAUGGUUUCACGGGGGUGACGAACCAACUCGAGACAUUAUAUACCCUCGUUGGAUCUCUCAUUACUGUCGACACUCCGCUACAGGUACGUGCGGUGCGGCAGAUUGCUAUUGAAGCAUCGAAUCUCGCCGGAGUGGUCCGUAGGAACCAAGUUCCAGAUGUAGAUGAAGUGGGUGACCGAGGGCGACUAAGCGCAGGGAGCCAGCCAG